UUUUAUUAUUGUUGUUGUAUUUUUCAUAUACUGUUUAUGAGAGUUAUUGUAGCGCGUUUUCUCAAUUUAUCAGUUAUGUUAUGAAAUUGUUGUAAUUUUAAUUUGUUGAAAAGUCUUAUUUUCUGAAUUUUCUUUAUAAUGUCAACUCCAAAAGGUGGCGAUUCUCCUACCAGAGGUCAAAAAGUAAAAGCAUUUAAUAUAAAUCCUGUUGGAAAGAAGAAUGCAAAACCUGAGUUAGAUAAAAAUAAGAAAGAUCCAAAACUUAAAUGUUCGGAAGAAGAAAAAGCAGCAGCUGAAGUUUAUGAAGAAUUUUUAGCCUCUUUCGAUGAACCAGUUAAACAUGGGAAACUUUUUGUCAGAGGAACUGUCAUUAAUGCAGGUUCAGGAGAAGAGAAGCCUACUGUGCAAACAGGAAAAUUAUAUAAGCCUCCAAAAUUAGCUGAGGUGGUCAAAAAACCCCCUGAAGAAAGACCAGAAACUGCUAAAGAGAAAGCAGAAAGAAUUGAACGUCAGAAUAAAAAGAAGGAAAAAGAGAAGAAAAAGAGCAAUCUUGAACUUUUCAAGGAAGAGUUGCGAAUGAUUCAAGAAGAAAGAGAAGAAAGACAUCGUUUAAAAAAUGUUGUUAAAGAACAAGUGAAAGUUGGUAGACCAGCUGAACCUGUAGAAACACAAAUGCGUUUAGCUGAUGACUAUAGAUAUCCUUCAUAUGGUUCCUAUGAUACUGGAGAUCCUACUACAACUAACCUUUAUUUAGGGAAUCUGAAUCCAAAGAUGACUGAACAACAGCUAUGUGAAGUUUUUGGCAGAUUUGGUCCUCUUGCUAGUGUUAAAAUCAUGUGGCCUCGAUCUGAAGAGGAACGUGCUAGAGGACGUAAUUGUGGUUUUGUUGCCUUUAUGAACAGAAAAGAUGGUGAAAGAGCUAUGAAGAAUUUAAAUGGAAAAGAUGUGAUGAGUUUUGAAAUGAAACUUGGCUGGGGAAAAGCUGUACCUAUUCCACCCCAUCCCAUCUACAUUCCCCCUGCAAUGGUUGAACUUACUCUUCCUCCACCACCCUCUGGCUUGCCAUUUAAUGCUCAGUUGGAUAAGAAGGACAGACACAAGCUAUGGCCAGGCGAGCCUGAAACUAAGGAGUCCUUCGAGCAGCUUUUAUCGAAUGCAGUUGUCAAAGUGGUAAUCCCUACCGAAAGGAGUCUACUGUGCCUCAUUCAUCGUAUGAUAGAAUUUGUUGUUCGUGAAGGACCUAUGUUUGAGGCUAUGAUUAUGAAUCGUGAAAUAAAUAAUCCUAUGUUUAGGUUUUUAUUUGAUAACCAAAGUCCAGCUCAUGUAUAUUAUAGGUGGAGGCUCUAUUCUAUUCUCAAGGGUGAUCAUCCCAGCAAAUGGCAUACAGAGGAGUUUAGCAUGUUUAAAAAUGGAUCCAUUUGGCGGCCUCCACCUCUUAAUCCAUAUCUUCAAGGCAUGCCUGAUGAAUUAGUAGACCAGCAGCCUCCAGUGCCUAGACCCACAGAACCGAAAAAAGGAUCUCUAUCUGAUAGCCAAAGAGAUAAAUUUGAAGAUCUGCUUCGUCACAUAACUCCAGAAAAGCAUAAAAUUGCAGAAGUGAUGAUAUAUUGCAUUGAUCAUGCAGAAGCUGCUGAGGAAAUCAUUGAUUGUAUAGCUGAAGCUAUUGCAACGCCAGAUGCACCUUUAUACAAAAAGAUAGCAAGAUUGUACCUUGUAUCUGAUAUUUUACAUAACUGCAGUGUAAAAGUGGCAAAUGCAUCUUUUUUUCGAAAAGGGUUUCAAAAUAAAUUACCUGAUAUUUUUAAAGAUCUCCAUGAAAUUUUUCAAGGUAUUGAAGGACGACUAAGAGCUGAACAAUUUAAGCAACGUGUUGUAAGCUGUUUUAGAGCUUGGGAAGAUUGGGCCAUUUAUCCUAGUGAAUUUCUUAUAAAGCUGCAGAAUUUGUUCUUGGGACUAGUACCAUUGUCUCGAGAAGGCAAUGAGGAUAGCAAUUCUUCCCAAACUACCCAAGUGCCCAAUACAGAUACUGAAAUACCGUCCUCUGAUGAUAUUGAUGGUGUUCCAUUAUCUACUGAUGAUAUUGAUGGUGUACCUCUUGAAGGACCCUUAAGUGAAGACAGAGAUGAUAUUGACGGUGUACCAUUAAAUGAAGAUUUAGAUGGCCAACCAUUAGAGGAGGAAAGAUUACCAGAACCACCGGAUAUGUCAUCGAAAUUUAAACCUUCUAAGUGGGAAACUAUUGACCCUGAAACAGUUGAAGCUCAAGCAAUAACAACAUCAAAGUGGGAUCUUUUAGAACAAAAUGAGGAUCAAGAGCAAGUAGAUGAUAUUGAUGGCCAGCCAAUGGAUGAUACUGCUUCAACUCAAGAUGAAAUGUCUGCACAUGAAGAUGAAAAUAGCAAAGAUUCUAUUUCUGUGAUGGAAAAUUUCAAGACUGAUAUCAACGAGCAAAGAAGAGCAAAAUUAAGAGAAAUAGAAAUGAAAGUGAUGAAAUAUCAAGAUGAAUUAGAAUCGGGAAAGCGUUCUCGCAAACCUUCGAUGAAAUUUUCAGAUCAAGUGGAAUAUUAUAGACAAAAGCUGCUAAAGAAGGUUGAGCGUGAUUCAAGGUCUGAUCGAGAUGGAAGCGAACGCAGCCAUAAGCGACACAAAUCUCAUUCUUCAUCUCCUGUUAUUCGUGCCCAUUCUCCGUCAUCUGAUGAAGGGGAUCACAGUCAAAGCCCCAGCUACUAUUCAAUGACUAGAAAAAUUAGUCCACGUAGUGUUGCAAUGUCACUAUCAGAAAACAUACAUUCCCCUCAUAAAUCUUAUAGGUCACAUUCUCCAAAGAAAAUUAGAAGAUCUCGAAGUCGGAGUCCUAAAAGGUCACGGAGAUCUAGAUCAAAGUCACCCUAUAAACGACGCCUUUCCCCAGAAUCACCACCUAUGAGAAAACAUAAAUCAAAGAAGAGCCGACAUUGACUGUUACAGUUACUCUUAUUCCAUAGUUUUAUCCAUCAUUUUGUGCUUUUAAUCAUUACAGGAUCUCUGUGCACAACAAAUACUCAAAUAAGGAUCAUGGUGUUUGUACAGAAUAUCUGUAAUGCAUCAAUAGGGAUGUGAAUUUUUCUUACUACAGCAAAUGUAUAUUAUAAAAGCAUUAAAUUAUACUGUAAUAUCGC